CGACAAUCGCGUCUUGGAAUCGUGAGAUCUGAAAAUCAGAAACAAAACCAUAAAAGUGGAGAGCUCUUUUUUGGGUUGCGAAGUCUCUUUCCGUAGUACUUGCCUCGCGAGGUAGCAUCCAACUAGUUAGAGCGCUCUCUUAUCUGGUGGGUUUGCUGGUUGGAUGAGUACAUUACAAGAACACCGCGUCGAAGAAAACGCGCGAGUUUCACACCCAUCGGAGGUGCCAUACGAUUCUUCCUACGACCGAGUAUCCAGCAUCACUGGUGACGUGAUGAUGGAUCUCGCCGGCAAGAAAGCUAAACGGCUUUGUCGAUUUCCGGGAUGUAAUCGCGUUAUUAAAAGUCAGGGCCACUGUCAGAGACAUGGGGCCAAACCCAAGCGAUGUCGGGUGGAAGGCUGCCAAAAACAAGCACAAGGAACGCACGACGGAAUGUGCAAGCGACAUUGGAAGGCACUGCACUUCCCAGAUCCCCGCAACGAAAUGGAGAAGAUACCGCCAGCACCAGAGGGGGAAUCGGUGUACGACAGUAUCCUGCCGGCCUCUAUAGCCUACCGUCCGCAUUUGACUUCAGGGGCACGUUCUCUCAGUCAGGGAGAUAACGAGGGCGACGAGGAGCAUGAUUUCGAGGAGUCGAGAACGGCAUCUUUGCAUCCGCACGCGGCAGCAGAGGCAUCGUGGAAUACUGGGGGCUCUUCCGAAACGGGUCAUGUCAUGCCCUUGAUAAAUUACUUACAUGAUAACGCGCACAAGGAAUCAGGCUGGCACCGCAAUACAGAACGACGGGCCCGGGGAAUGUUUCCCGUUACGAGUCUUUCGGCCCAGUUGGAACCCUGGGAACGACAGUUGGCUUUGGUGGAAAUACUCUUGUUGAGUGGCGGUACGCCGUACGCCAAUUUUAAGAAUCUGUCGCAUGCUUGGGGCCGCGAGCGCAACUUUCAUCAAACGCUGGUCAACGCCGUUUGCGAACGUCGGGGCGAAGUCGAACGCAAACGUCGAUCCGAUGCGGGCAAGCGACUGUCAGCCGCAGCGAAAGAAGCCUUUCGUCAAAAACUAAAACGGUCACGGCAGACAACACAAGAAAUUGCCGCACGCAUGCACGUGAGCAUGGAUGGGACCAUUAAGGAAGAUGAUUCCAAGCCUAUGGCUAUGUAACUUACAGAGGGAGUUUGAGUCGAUAUCGAAAGAGUACGCUGUGUCCAGUCAGUUAAACUGUUUGAGGUAGCGCAAAGUUAGGAAAUAUAGAUGUAGUUGACUUUGUUUGCCUAAAGUACUACAAUUUACUAUG